AUGUCAGGCACAGCAGAAUCAUUUCUUUUGUCAUGGGCAGAAGCUCUACUGCCAAACGAGACCCCCUCCCCCGGCCGAGCUGCCCUGCCGACGGCGAGGCGGCAAAGCAAGGGGCGCAGGCCGUGGGAGUCGUCUCGUACUGUGAAGGCUGUGGAGGGGCCUCCGAAGGGGCAGGGCGACGGCUGUCACACCCCCACCCUGCGGCGCGGCAGGGAGGGCCGAAGACGCCCGCCGCCAGCCCGCGUUCAGCUCUUUUGUCCAGAGACGGAGGCGGCAACAAAAGAGCGGGCGGCCGCGGCCGUGCCGCCUCAGCUGCGCGGCGGCGGCGCGGGGGCGGCGCGGGGCGGGCCGGGGGGCUCCCUACCUCGCGCCCGUCGACAGCUGCGGGCGCCGGCGGCGUUUGAAUUUAGUCUAGGGCCAGCGACGGAGCGCGGUGCUCGGCCCGCCGGGCGUCGCGAUUGGCCGGCGGCCGCUCACGUGGGCCCACCCCGGCCAUAUUGGGUCACGGCGCGGAGCCCGGCGGUGCAGUGGUGUCCGUGGCUCGGCUUCCCUCCACCGCAGCUCGACGCAUACUCGUUCCUCCGGAGUCCCGCCAAGUGUAAGGCGCGGUUCUCCCAUUACUGCCCUCCUGUCGAUCCCACCAUGGCGAGUCGUUCGCGUAUCUCCCGGCUGCAGGAGAAGGAAAUGCUGCGGGAGCUGAACGACCGCCUCGCUGUUUACAUCGACAAGGUGCGGAGCCUGGAGAAGGAGAACAGUGCCCUGCAGUUGCAGGUCACCGAGCGGGAGGAGGUGCGCGGCCGCGAGGUCACUGGCCUGAAGGCGGUCUACGAGUCCGAGCUGGCUGACGCCCGGCAGGCGCUGAACAACACGGCGCGGGAGCGGGCUAGGCUGCAGCUGGAACUGAGCGAGGUUCGCGCGGAACACGAGAAGCUGCAGAACAACUAUGCGAAAAAAGAUUUGGAUUUUAGUGGAACCCAAAUCAAACUUCGAGAACUUGAAGCAGCCCUCAGUUCCAAAGAAGCUGCACUGGCAAUAGCCAUUAGUGAUAAGGAAGGCCUGGAGGGAGGACUUGAGAACUUAAAAUAUCAAAUUCGACAGCUUGAAACUGCUUUAGCUGCUGCCAAUGAACAGCUUACAAUUGAGACUCUGAGGAAGGUAGAUCUAGAAAACCGAUGUCAGACUCUCAUCGAGGAUCUCGAAUUCCGCAAAAAUGUACAUGAGAAGGAAAUCAAUCAAGUAAGAAAGAGACAUGAAACUCACUUAGUUGAGGCUACUUCUGGGCAUAAAAUUGCAUAUGAACAUAAACUGGCCCAAGCUCUUUGUGACUUAAGAGAGCAGCAUGAAGCACAAGUGAAUCUGUACAAAGCAGAGCUUGAACAGACUUACCAUGACAGGCUUGAGCAUGCUAGGCUGUCAUCUGAGAUGAGCAAUUCUACAGUCAACUCAGUAAAAGAAGAACUGCGUCAAAGUCACAUGCGAAUUGAUAAUUUGUCUUCCCAUCUCAACAGCCUUCUGAAUGAGUGUAGAGCCUGGCAAGAUAGAGUGCAAGAACUUGAGGACAACUUGGGUGAGGAACGGGAAAGCUUUCGCAAAAUACUUUCUGAGAAAGAGAAGGAGUUGUCAGAGACAAGGAAUCAGAUGCAGGAGCAGCUGAACAACUAUGAACAACUUCUGGGUGUUAAAUUGGCGCUUGAUGUGGAAAUCAAUGCAUACCGGAAAUUGUUGGAGGGUGAAGAGGAGAGGUUGAAAAUUUCUUCAAUCCCGUCCUCCCGAGUGACAGUUUCACGAGCUGCAUCCAGCCGUAGCGUGCGUACAACCAAAGCAAAGAGGAGGAGAAUUUGUGUGGAGGAGUCUGAGGCCAGCAGUAGUGUGAGCAUUUCCCACUCAGCUUCUGCCACUGGAAAUGUUUCUAUUGAGGAGAUAGACAUAGAUGGAAAAUUCAUCUGCUUGAAGAACAACUCUGAACAGGAUCAACCUAUGGGAGGUUGGGAGAUGAUCCAAAAUAUAGGAGACACUACUGCUACUUACAAAUACACCUCAAGAUAUAUACUAAAGGCAGGCCAGGCUGUUACAAUCUGGGCUGCAAAUGCUGGAAUAACUGCUAGACCUCCAACUGACCUCAUCUGGAAGAACCAGAAUUCUUGGGACACUGGUAAAGAUGUGAAAGUUGUACUGAAAAAUUCACAAGGAGAGGAGGUUGCUCAGAGAAGCACUGCCUUUAAAACAACUGCUUGUGAAUCAGAAGAGGAGGAAGUUGAAGAAGCAGCUGUAGAGGAAGAAGAACAACUUUACCACCAGCAGGAAAGCCCAAAGACAUCAAACAGACGCUGCGUGAUUAUGUGA